UGCCAACAUGGCUGACACAGGUGCUCCGUUUGACAGAUGAUUCUAGCAGAAAUGAAGACUUAAUAUACCUCUGGAGACACUCAGAUGAUCGACAACCGUCAUUGUUCGUGUUUCGUGUGAACUUUCUAUAAACAUCAUCUUACUGAUGGGGAACGCUUGUUCUUGUAUCAGAGGCCGAGGAGCGCCCAAAAAGAAAAUAGCAAUAGCCAUAUUAGGAAUUGAUGGUGCAGGAAAAACUACUGUGACCAAGGCUCUGGUUGGAGAUACACUAGAGGUAGCACCAACAGUUGGCUUCAAUACAGAGUCGUUAAAUGUGAACAACUUUGAUUUGACAAUAUUUGAUAUUGGAGGAGGUAAAAAUGUACGCAGCAUCUGGACACACUACUUCCAUGAAAUCUAUGGCGUUAUCUAUGUGGUGGACUCCAGCUCUAAGGACAGGAUUCCAGAGAUCCAGGAAAAUCUCAAAGCCCUACUGGAGCAUCCACAGGUGGCAGGCAAGCCAGUCCUGUUGUUAGCCAACAAAUGUGAUCUGAAAGAUGCUAUGGAGGCUGUAGAUGUCUGUGAGAGGAUACACCUAGAGGAACUAGCCAACCUCCACAAGUGUCCCUCUAGAAUCGAGGCUACCUCUGCUGUAAAGGGAACAGGUAAAAAAAUUGACCCCAAACUGAAGGAGGGGUUGAAGUGGUUAUGUGGAAUGGUUGAACACAAUUGGGACCUGUAUUCUGAGAGAGUGAAGCAUGACAUGGAGGAGCAGCGAGUGCGGGACGAGGAGGAGAAGCGUGUCCGCCGCGAACGUGUCCGCAAAAUAAAGGAGGAGAGAGAGAAAGAAGAGAAGGCAGAAAGAGAAAGACUUGGCAUAGAGGAGCCAGAUGACGAUGAUGACGAAGAAGAUGCAGGGAAUCCGUUCAAACCUGUCAGCAUUCAAGAACUGGAAAGAAAGCAACAGAUUGAGAAAAUGAAGAGGCGUAAACUUGAAUUAGCGGACCCACUGAAGUCAUUUGAAGAAGGUGAUAAAGUAAGACGAUUAAAGAAGAGUAAAUCCAAAGAAAAGGAAGAUGAAUCUGAAGUUGAUUCUGAUGAUCUAACUGUCAACCGAUCUAAUCGUUCUCCACGACACUUUGGCUUGUCAAACGGGGAUGCUGUUCCACGGAAUGUUGACAGAUAUAAUGAUAAACAGAAUCGGUUGAAACAAACUCGUUUAGAUUCGCAUAUGGAUCAAGACGAGGACAGUGAUAUAGACAUUCAUCCACGAGGCCGCAAACUUACGCCAAGAUUACCUCCCCUUCAACGUCCACUUGGUACAAAAUGCAUGGAUGAGACAACAGGAACUACUAAGAAAAAGAAAUCUAAAAAGAAAAAACUCAGAGCUGUAGAGGAAAUAGAGGAUGAAACUGAGGAUCCUUAUAAAAAGUCAGUUGGCUCUUUGUCAAAAAUAAAUUUUUCAUCAAGAGGAAAUAAUUUUAGGAAGGAAGAAAAUGAUGAAGAGGAGAGUGAGGAUAGUGGUAGUUUACGGGCUAUGAGAGGAUAUGGAAGCAGGCAGAUUGUGGCAGGCUACGAUAACGUAUCGUUUUCAAACAACACGCGACGCGAAAAUCAGGAAGAUUCUUUAUACCGCAACAAAAUUAAUUCCAGAAUUGGAAAUCUUGAUGACUCACUUUACAAUAAUGGUGCAGAUUCCAGGUUUGGAAAUCGUGAUAACCUCUACGGCAACAAUAAACAGAAUACGCGACUGAAAAAUCUUAAUGGACUCGGCUCUAGAUUUGGAAAUCAUGAAGAUUCUAGUUAUAAAAAUUCUUCACUGAAAUCCAGAUUUGAUGUGCAAGAUCCUCUCUACAACAACAGUAAUAUAUACAACCAUCAAAAUGGUGACCAGGGGACAGAAGAUUCAGAUGUUUCAGUAUCACAGAAGAAGAAAGAAGGGAAAAAGAAGAAGGGAAACAACAAGGCUUCACAGGAAUUUAGCAGGACUGUAGUUGACCCAGAUGAGAUCAAUGAUGAUGAUGAAAGGUCGUCGAGGAGACGAGCAGGUUACCAUCUAGCUAGCCUAGAUGGGGAAGAUGCUGAAAAUGACACACCUGUUCGUCGUCUGAAAAAGAAGCAGCCUUACACUGUCAAAAAGAAUAAGACAUUCCCGUCUGACAAUUCUGAUGAAGAUGUCCCAGACACGAGGCGACGUGAUUUAUCCUGGACCAUGUCUCCGAAGAAAACAAAACCUGAUGAGGGACACAGUUCUCCUGUCCACAUUUCCAGGACAAACUGGGCACUGGCUGAUGACCUGUCUGAUGAUAAUUUGUCCGGGGGUCCAGCAGACAGCGACGAAGACAUGAGUUACAGCCGCAUGAGGACAAUGCGACGCUCCAAACCAAACAUGGACGAUGAUGAUGACCUUGUGUACUGAUUUUAUGGAAAACAAUAUGGUCUGAUGUAGAGUGUGUGUGCAUUCUGAUGUGGUAGAGCGGAUUUUGGUCCAGAAUGAAGUAUAAUGUGGACAGGAUGUUGCAGAGAGACUUUGGGUUUAAGAUGAAUCUUGUGCAUAAUCUGGCAUCAUGGAAAAAAUUGUUUUAGACAGACUGGGAGAUGUGUAUUCCAUGUUUAAUAGAAGGAAUUGAGGUAUGAAAGUACAUAUGUAUUAUUAUGUACUAAUGUAUUGUCAGAGAUUAUCAUCUAAGAGCUGCAUACUUAUCAAUGUCUUGGAGAAGCUUAAAGUCUAAUAUAUUACAGGUGUACGAGGAGAUCUAUGUCUGAGAAAGUACUGGAUUGCUAAUGUUGUAGAGUAGAUUGAAGUCUGAGAGAGUAUACAAGAACUAGUGUCAGAAAAGGGGAUCAAAUUCCCAGAUACUACAUAUGUAGUUAGUAAUGAAUUUUAUAGAGUCAUCGUUAUAGAAAUUAAUUCUCAAGGUAUAAUAUCAAAAAGAAUUUUGAACAGUGGAAUACAUAGCACACCAUUGAUUUCCUAAGAUUGACCGUUGAGAAUCAUGUGCUUGUAGGCCUAUUCCGUCUUUGUGUAUUGCAGAGUUAACUGCUCAUGUUACGUCAUUUGUUUGUGAGAAUAACGUCAUCAAUUUUUGAGAAAACGACAUAAUUGUCUCACACCAAACCACUGACGUAACAAUCAAUACCUGCUCACAAGAGAAGAUAACUCUGCAAUACGCAAAGACGGAAUAAAGAUUUCUAUAAAAACGCUGUUUUUAACAUGAUAAUCGUGGAUAAAAAAAACGUGGAGAAAAUAGCUGGCAUGUUCUUUUUUUACACACAAUUUGUCCUGCUUUGCUAUUUAUCACAAACCAGAUCAAAUAACCAUCAUCAUGUUUCAAAAGUUUCUUUGAAAUGAAAAAAUAAUAUGAAAGAAGCUUGAUAUGUUAUAAACAUAUGAAACCUUGUUAUACUGCCACUAGCAAUAUUGGCAUUAUAAAGGAGGCAGUAUAUAGAAUAAGGCAUCAUAAAAGAAUUAGUAAAAAAAAAAAACUUUGACAAAAGAAUGAAUGUUUUUAAAGGACGUCUUUUUUUUUUAAUGUGAUCAAAACAGAAUGAAAGAUGUAAAGCAUCAUAAAUAGGAAUUGUAAUUGUCAGUAUAUGUUGCUAGAUUAUACAAGUUAAAGCCAUACUGAGGCUGACUCUGGCCCAGGACUUGACCUUAAGUGGCUUAGAGAUUCAAAGUAGAUAACUGAGAGAACGAAAUGCUUAUGGAGGUACAAUAAAUGGCUGCUAUUACACUGUUACUUAUUGCCUUAGUGCUGGGUUGAAAAGGACUCUCUUCUAGACCAACCCUUUUUUUUAACUGUUAUGCAUGUUUCAGAAUGUGGGUACAAGACAGGUGUGCCAAUAGCUUGUUGUAUCUUGUUUACAUGUGAAACCUGAAAAAGAAACUCUCAGUGAAUGUCUACAGACAAAAGGUGCCAAACCCCACGCCAAUGUAAUACGGUCACCAUGCAUGUAUAUGAUGUCUUACGUAUGCUUGAGUUUAACAUGGUGUGUAGUUUUGUGCUGUACGAUCCAUUAUGAUAGAAAUCAAUGUUAGUUUGCCAGCUGUGUGUAUAUGUUUGUACAUCUGACCAGUUCAAAUGAUGAUCAGAUUUUUUACUUCUUUAUUUUUUUUUCUCGUUUCAAUUUCGAGGAAAACAUGGGAAAUGUAUUUGAUGGAACGGUUGUAUUUAUGUGAAAUUUGUAUGACAAUCAGCUUACUGGACACCAGUUUCUGUUGUAAUCACAAGGUGACGAUGUAGACAAUUAUUUGGCGAAGACAAAUAUAAUCCAACUAUUAAAGAAGAUUUCAUUGGAAAUAUACAGCAUCUGCAGUCAAUUGUUUGAUAAUAUCUAAAAAAAAUAAGGAACUUAGAUUAAAAAAACGAUGACAUCAUGGGUUAUUUUUGGGUACUAUUAUCAUAAAGGAUCACUGUGAACUCGGAAGAGUUGGUGAUCUCAAAGUCAAGUUUGGAAACGGAAGUGUUAACAUCACAUAAAAGUGAAUAAUGGAAAUAAAACUGUUAUGUGGAAGUUUACAAUAAUAUACAUCAAUGUUGUAGUCACCUUAUGUUACAUGUGUCCGAUUGUCCAUCUCGGUUACUCCAACACCCCUGAUAAAAGUCGGGGCCUAUUCCACUUCCAGACAAUAAGGAUUGUUAAGAGCUGUCAUUUCCAAUCUGAAAAUAUUGCUGCCAAAUGUUGUUGCUGUGCUUUUUUAUUUUAUUUUUGUUAAAGUGCUGAAGCCACUGUAGAAUGUGUACAUGGUAUCAAUUGUUACAUUACACACCCACGUUAAAAACUCCAUAGCUUUUUUUUUACGUCUUUGAGAUUUAUUCUGUUUUGACAUCGACUCCAUACAUAUCAAGCUUAAUCUUAUAAUUUUAAGUUAUUGUUUGUAGUCAUUUUUAUGAACUAAUAUUCUGUGCAAUUUUUCAUUUUUAUCAUCAUGGUUUAUGAGGAUUAUUUGUAGUUAAAAGAAAUUACACUAAUUUGUGUAUUCAAGUUCAAGUUUUUGUUUCUGACCCAAACAUUUUGGGAGCUAGAAAAUAAAGGCAAAUGAAUUGUUCAAGUUGUAAAACUGUUUGAUUGGUAAUAUUGUGUUGCAGAAGGAAAACCCAUUGUCCUGCCAAUAUGGUCAUGCUGGCCAGUUUUAUUUUGUGAAAACCAUCUGUGAUAACAGAAAUACUGAAAAGGUAUUUCUUACAUCAGAAAAUGUAUUUCAAUGUGUAACUCUGUUUUCACAGAAACAUAACUGGUACAGAGCAUCUCGAACAUGUUACUUACCAGGUAAUACAAUUUUUGAAUUGAGAUAUAUAUAUAAAGUGUGUUUAUAUAGUAGUUUUAGACAAAUGUAGAAUAUUGAAGAUAUUAUUUAAACAAAUUCUGAAUCCAAUAUCAAAGACUAAAUCUAAAAAAAAAGAAAAUGAAAUGUAAAUAUCUGAAACUUUGAAUAUGACAAUUGCUUCCUUGUGUUAAUGCUCAGUGUUUUUAUGUUUACUGAAAACUUCGAUGUUUUGUGAUGUUAUAAUAUGAACUGUUUGUUGGUUGUAUAGCAUUGACGUUUUGUAGUGUUAUUUUGCUAUUUUAAAUUUGUAGAAUGCAAGUUGAUGAUCUGUAUUUUUUUUACUCAGGAAUUUGAGAUUGUUAGAAUAGAAGAUAUUUUUGUCCUAUGAGACUGGAGGAAGGCCAUGGUGAUGUUGUUUAAUAUGUUUUUGUAUCUCAUCCAAUAUCAUAUUGCCUUCAAAGAUCUGACAUCAUCAGAAGAAAAACAAUUCCACAUUAAAUUGAAAUUCUUCAACAAGGAGUCUUUAAACAGUUUGUGGGGCUUUUUCUCAGAAAAAUUACAUUCAAAAAUAAACAAACCGGUUUGUUUGCAAAGAUGAACAGGCCUGUUAUGUUGUUCAUGAUUAUUAUAUUUCAUUUCGUGGCAACCCCUUGUUAUUUACGUAAUCCUGUGACUAGAUGUUCCAUUAUAGAUGAAACAACACUGCAGAAAUGAUAACCAACCACCAGAAUGUCUCCAAUGUAAUAAGAGACAAAUUGUAUAGACUCCAGUUUUUCACAUAAGCAGUAGAAUUAUAUUAUACAAAUGUAUCAUUAUCUAUCGUUCUAUGGGAAUUUUAUUUUCAAAAUUCUAAUAAAGAAUUUCCCUAAACUGCAUUGUUUAAGAGUUGAGAGAAUGUUUAUCUCUUUACAUGACAUUUUACUGUUACCGACAGGAUAUUGAUCCUGGUUGUACAUAUGUAUAUGACUAUUGUAAGUAAUUUAUUGGUGUCUAUUCCGUCCAGACCCUAUAUUUAUAUGCUAUAAUUCAGGGUAUAUUUUCUCCUUGUAAUGUAUAUUUACUUAGACAGUAGAAGUGACCGGUACCCUGUUACUAUGUAGCAGGAUACCAUCAUGUUUAUAUAUACCGUAUACCGGGAAAUUCUCGCUUCAGUUCAACUUUUCACCUUUUUCACCUGCCAUGAUAUGGGCGAAUUUAUCAUUACCACGAACAUUAGUAAACAACAUUAUAAACAUAGUUAUUAGAUGUGAAGGGUGAUAUUAACACUGGGUGGAUAAGCAUUAUUCCGGCGAAGGGUGAAAGUUUGACUGGGUGAAACAUUUUCCGGUAUACAGUAAGACAAUGGUAUGACAGUAGUUUAGAAACACAAUUAUCUAAAAAAUAAAUAAUCAAAUACAGCCCAGUCUGCUCCAGAGACUACCUUAUCCUCUCAGCUCCACAAAGCAGGCUACUGUGUUAACACUCUAUUAAAGAGACCACCUUAUCCUCUCAGCUCCACAAAGCAGGCUACUGUGUUAACACUAUAUUAAAGAGACCACUUUUGAGCAUUGACCUUAGUGGUUUGUUCAAUACAGACUUUACUGUAACAAAUAAUUUAUUUCUUCGUAUUAAAAUCUUUGGAAAUAAUUGAUUCUUUAUAGUUAGGAAGUAACAUUUCCAUAUGAUUUUUUAAACUUUAAUAUACAUGUAACAUGUCUUUGUAGAAACAGCUAGCUAUAUAAAUACAUUUAUAAUACAUUGAGAAGGGUGAAAGUCAACUGAUGCAAAUAUUUCCAGAUACAUGUAUACAGUAUACCUCAUACUCCAGGGGUUGUGCUAAUUUUCGCUCUCUGCACCCCUGAAAUAUGUCACAAAAAUUGAUGGCUCGAUGUGCACCACCUUGUUUCAUCCUUAGACGUACAUCAAAGAAUCUCACGAUCGCAUAACAGUAAAAUUGACUGGCUUAGAAGUCGGGUGUCGCUCCUCUGUACUCUUCAAAGGAGAGGUAUCAGCCUA